AUGAAUCAAACUCAAAGUUCUUGUUCACAUGAAUUAAGGCUUGGUAGUUUUCGACAGCAGUUAAUCACUAUGUUGAAGCAACAUUAUACUUUGCAGUUAUCCAAUGCAGAGCUUGUAGUAGAAGAUAUAAACGAAAAGCUUGCAAUUUGGGAUUUACCAGGAUUAUACCAAUGCGAGCCUCCAGCCCGCGAAAAAAUUAAAUGUAUUACCUUGCUGUAUGCGCCUAUUGAUCAACGAGCAACCAAAAUUAUGCAAAAUUUCGUAAAUAAAAACCAAAAACGCACAGGGAACAAAUUGGAUCUUAGUGACAGGCUAUUGAUGGAUUUAAAUCCUCCAACGCAUAACCUUGGAAUUGUCCCAGUAUCCUCAAGUGAUUUUAUUUAUAGCUAUUCAUUACUAAAUCCAAAAGUAGUAGAUUUCGCAGUCUCUUUUGAAUUUCCAGAUGAUGGUAGAGUGGAAUACACACUUUGGUAUAACUUUACAACUGUCCAAAAUAAAACAGUCUACGGCGAAGAAACUCAAAUAAAUGCGAAUUUAGGAAUAUUUGACGCGCUGAAAAAUGACGCUUAUUCUAAUAAAGCCCUGGAUACUACAAUUGACAGCUACGGGAAUAAUCUUCUGUCAGUAAAACGAGGAAUCGAAGAAGCAAUUUUAGUAUCCAAUGUGGCUGGUGUUAUGGAUACAAUACGUGAAAAGGAAUGUGGACAAAGAAAUUGGAUGGAGAUGAUGGGUUUGAGGCCAAGUGUAUAUUGGUUAUCGCACUUUAUUAGUGCUGGGUAUCUCGUUUUUUUCCAAUCUUUGAUAUUAAUCAGUCUUGGUUAUGCCAUGAAUUUUGCAUUCUUUCAGAAUACCGAUUUUUUUAAAAAAAUUGUAAAAGGUGAUUACUCAAGACCACAAGGCGUAUCCACCGGAUGGAUAGUCGGACUUUUCUUGCCAUUUUUCCAAUUUGCAGAACUCUAUUCGCAAAUUGUCUUGAAAUCAACAAAUACUCCAUUCUAUCCUAAUAAAAAUCCUGGUUUCCAUUGGAAAGAACUAAACAACCAACACAUUUAUAACUCAAGACUUAGUGAAUUCUUGCCACAACCAUACCGCCCUUUGGUAAUUAUGUCUGCUCAAAUUAUUGCGUACGCUAUGGUAGUUUGGAUUAUUGAUCAAGGUCCAAAAUUCUAUGCUAGGAAUUUUGGCCGAAGAUAUCAAAUAACGUCAAAUGAUACUCAAUAUCAUCAAACAAAUAUGGAUGAAGAUUUGGCACACGAAAGAUUUCGUGCUCUUAGUUCCAACCAACCAUUUGCACUUCGAAUUGUUAGGCUUGUUAAGGAAUAUAGAGGAAAAUUAUUCUCAAAAUCCAGAGAAAGAAAACUUGCAGUUAAUGGUUUAUAUUUGACAGUUGAAGAAGGGCAAUUGUUUGCUUUAUUGGGUCAAAAUGGAGCUGGUAAAACAACGGCAAUAUCUAUUAUUGCUGGUCAUUUACAACCAACAUCAGGUUAUGUGACAAUCUACAAUAAGGAUAUCAUCACCAACGUGAAUUCGAUUCGAAGUUCAAUGGGCAUCUGUCCACAACAUGAUUUGCUAUUUUCGGAUUUAACCUGCGAAGAGCAUAUAAAUCUUUUCGCCGGAAUAAAAGGAAUCGAAUUGGACAUAGGAGAGUUAUUAGCAAAAGUUGGUUUGGUGAAAGUUAGAAAUUUUCCCUCGAGUAAAUUGAGUGGCGGGAUGAAGCGGCGACUGAGUGUUAUUAUUGCGUCAAUUGGAGAUCCAAAGAUAUUAAUUUUAGAUGAACCGACGACUGGUAUGGAUCCAUUGAAUAGACGAAAAGUCUGGUCCUUUUUAUCUGAAUACAAAAGGAAUCGAAUAAUUCUUCUCACAACGCAUUCGAUGGAAGAAGCAGAUUUGCUUGGCGAUCGUAUUGGAAUUAUGGCACAUGGAAAAUUACGAGCAAUAGGAAGCUCAACACAUCUUAAGAAUAAGUAUGGGAUUGGAUAUCGCAUUCAAAUCCAAACCGACUCGGAAAAUAUAGAAUUCGUACAAGAAUGG